AUGGAGAGCAUCAAAAACAGCCUGGGUUUGUUGAUGGCCACGGCUCAAUUCGAGGACAGAAUGAUGGGCAUGGUUGGAGGGGAGGACCUGGAAUCAAACAAGGGGCUGAGGAAAGAAAUGCGCCGCCUACGACGUUUGAUCAAACACCAUCUCAUGGCGAUGCAAGAUUUGCCCGCGCCGCUCGGCCAUAAUCAUUAUUCUGAGCGCGAGGCGUCAUCGGACUCCCUGGACCCCGACCUGAUGAGGAAGAAUGCUUUGAUCGAGUUAGGUUGGAGUAUAUAUGAAAGUGGAAGGAUUCCCAUUUCUCCUCCAAUCUCGCCGUCCAGUUCCGUCCCGAAUCAUUCUAGCCAGCCACCAGAUACUCAUCGCCGGUCGCGGCGACGUCGCCGUUCCACCACGCCACAUCCCGUCCACUUACCACGGCAAGCUUCCCCUGAACCGCCAGAUCCUCCGGUCAGUGAAAUCGGCCCAGUGCUUAGUUCUGAGGAUUUUUCAGAACCACCGUCAGACAUCCACAAGACAUUACGCUAUGGGAAAGAUGAUGUGACCGCAGUCACGAGCGGCUACGUCACUGACAUGAACAACAUAGCCGAUCUCUCUCGCUGGCGCCAAACCACGGCAUCCGUGGUUGAGUCUCUGGACGGAAAUUUCAUCUCCAUCCACAAAGCCCGGGAAUUGAACCUGGACAUUGACUCUCCGAGUUUGACCGAGAACGUUAUGUUUGACUUCGGGACCGGAAAGCUUGAGAGGAGUUUCGGGAAGACAACUUUCAAGUGGAGACCUUGGAAUCAUGCCGACGUACGCUAUCCGUCGCUAAUUAUUACCUGCGAUGUGUGCGAGAACUCUACAGUUGGCCUGGUACUGGGGACGCCGUUUCUCGACGAAAGAGAACGCCUUUGGCCUUAG